AUGGACCUGCCAUCUUUAUUGCUUUGUAUAAUAUUGGAAGUUCUGGCUGUAAAUGGUCAAGAUGUGGCACAGGGACGUAUUGUUGGAGGAUACGCUCCAGUUCCACAUUCAAUCAAGUACAUUGUGUCAAUACAGUCGACAGAGCGUCAGCACUUCUGCGGGGGAUCCUUGAUAAAUAAGUACUGGGUAAUCACAGCAGCACACUGUAAUAUUGGGAUACACAAAAUGAUUAUAGUGGCAGGAGACUACUCCCUCACCAUCUACGAGGGGACAGAGCAAGAAAUCCUGCCCCAGCUUUUGGUGCCCCACCCUGACUACAACAGCACCACCAACAACAGUGACAUUAUGCUGAUAAAGCUGAGGGCCCCGAUCUAUCUGAACAGCUAUGUUUCCAUCGCUCUGCUGCCCCGACACGGCGCCUCCAUAGCGGAGGGCAGGAUGUGUAGAGUGUCAGGCUGGGGAUUCACCAGUCCCAGCGGAGGCCAGAUCCCCUCCACCCUCCGCACUGUCCAACUCCCCAUCGUCUCCAUAGAGAAGUGUAACAGCAGCGAGUCCUUCAAUGGCCUCAUCACAGAGAACAUGCUCUGUGCUGGUUUCACCAUUGGUGGGAAAGAUGCCUGUCAGGGGGACUCUGGAGGUCCACUUGUAUGUGAAGGCCGUGUCUAUGGCUUGGUGUCCUGGGGGAAAGGCUGUGGUGAUGCCCAGUUUCCUGGAGUCUACACUGCUGUGUCCAAUUACCGCAGGUGGAUAGACAACACCAUAUUUAGCUACUACAGCAGGUGUAAAAAACAUUAG